AUGGUGAGGCUUGUGGUGAACAACAUGGCAGGCGUGGUGACCGGUAAGGCGCCACCAUCCGAUCUCGGUCUCGCGAAAAACAAGGGCAGCAGUGGCAACGGCGACGACAGGAACGGAAACGGCGUGGCCAAGGCGGCGGUGGGGAACGGCGGGAGCGGGCGAGGGGGGCAGGGAGGGGGAAAUGGCGGCACGGCGGCGGCGCCGCGGAAGCUGACCAAAAACGAGAAGCGACGGCAAAAAAACAAGCAGAGAAAAGCGCAGGCCGUGGAGGGCGCGGUGGUGGAGAAGUCGAUGGCGGAAUCGAACGGCGUCGCCGUGGCUUCAUGGCCACCCCCGCCGGCACCGAAGGACGAAGCGUCGGAUGUGCAGGUGGAGUACGUCGCCGACAACACCUCGGUCCUCGACGGGGCCGAGAUGGACGCCGCCUCCCUCGAGGAGUUCAAGCAGAUCUUCGAGCGGUUCACCAAGGUCGCGGACGAGGCCAGUGGCGCCGCCGCCGACGCCGCGGAGGCGGAGGCGGAAGCGGCGGCGGCGGCGGCGGAAGCGGCGAAGGCGGCCAGCAAGAAGGCGGCAGCGGCGGCGGCCCGCGGGAGCGACGGCGAGGAGGAGGGGUCGGACGAGGAGGGGGCGGGGCCCCGGUUGUCCCGGAAAGCGCGAAAGCUCAAGAGCAGGCUCUCGGUGGCCGAGCUCAAGCAGCUCGUGCAGCGGCCGGACGUGGUGGAGGCGCACGACGUGACGGCGGCUGACCCGCGCAUGCUGGUGUUUCUCAAGUCCUACCGUAACACGGUGCCGGUGCCGCGCCACUGGUGCCAGAAGCGCAAGUACUUGCAGGGGAAGCGAGGGAUAGAGAAGACGCCGUUCGAGCUGCCGGAGUUCAUCGCCAUGACAGGCAUCGAUAAGAUCAGGGCGGCGAUCGAGGAGGCCGACAGUCAAAAGAAGGCGAAGCAGAAGCAGAGGGAGAGAGUCGCUCCAAAGAUGGGGAAGAUCGACAUCGACUAUCAGGUGCUGCACGACGCGUUCUUCAAGCACCAGACCAAGCCGCCGCUGACAAACCCGGGGGAUCUGUACUAUGAGGGCAAGGAGUUCGAGGCGAAGAACCAGGAGCACAAGCCCGGGCACGUCAGCUCAGACUUGAGAGAGGCGCUGGGCAUCGGAGAGGACGACCCCCCGCCAUGGCUCAUCAACAUGCAAAGAUACGGCCCGCCGUUGUCCUACCCGCACCUCCGAAUCCCGGGGCUCAACGCUCCUAUCCCGGCGGGGGCCCGGUACGGGUUCGGUUCGUCGGAGUGGGGGAAGCCUCCGGUGGACUCGAAGGGAAACCCUCUGUACGGAGACGUGUUCAACCUGGCCGCGAAGGACGGGGACGACGUCGAAGAGAUGGACAAGUCUCACUGGGGAGACUUGGCCGAAUCCGACGAUGACGACGACGAGGAGGAGGAGGAGGAGGAGGAGGAGGAAGAGGAGGAGGAGGAGGACGGCGGGGCGGAGACGCCCAUGUUCGAGGGCGGCGGCGUCUCGAGCGUCUCCGGGCUCGAGACGCCGGACACGAUGAUGGACCUCCGCAAGAGGGCCGGGGUGGACACCCCCGACACGACCGGGCUGUCCGCGGUGCCCCAGGAGCUCUACAAGGUGGUCCAGUCGAGGGAUUCCGCCGUGGGGGCCGGGGCUCUGUUCGGCGGGGACCGAAAGUACGUCCUGCCCGGCUCCAAGGGCGGCGGGGGCGGCGCGGCGGGGCUGGGCGGGGACGCUUCCGAGGCACCCCCGCGGGACGUGCAGGUGUCCCUUAACCCCGACGAGGUGGACGAGCAGCUCAACGACGAGGAGGGCCUCCGGGAGAAGUUCGAGGAGCAGGAGCGAGCGGCCGCGUCCGUCGGCGGCGCCAAGGGGAAGGAAGACGUGAGCGACAUCGUGGCAGAGGAGAACCGUAAGCGCAAGCGCAAGCUCGAGAAGAAGGAGAAGGAGAAGGCGGCCGACAAGGGCAAGCGCUACAAGGACUCCUUCAAGUUCUAGCGCUUUGCGGUACGCGUGGUUCUCGGUUCUAGUUUUGAUUUGUGUUCGACAGGAUUCGUGUGCGUGCUGUGCUUCUCUUGCUUCGUUUUUUUCCCGGUUGGUUUGGUCUCUUGGUCGGUCGUUCGUGCGACUGCUGUGGGUCGUCGAUCGUCUUGACCGUCGCUGCUUUGUUUCGUUUGACCUUGGCUGGUUUCGUUCUUAUUGUAUUAUUGUGU